UGUACCAAAACCUUGUACUUUUUUGCAGGUAAAUUUUAUCAUACCCCACCCACUUUUUUCUAAUUUCAAAGUAUGCGUCCCCUUAAACUUCAUAAUAGUUGAACGCAAUCAGAGUUUGAGAUAUAAGGUGAAUGGUUUUGUAUUACAGAGAUACCGUGUUAGUGACAACUUAGGUCCUGUCCGUUGGAACUAUGAGGAUCAGUUUCAAAUAGACCAGAAUGAUCCUAUGCAUGACCCAACGUAUAAUUUACAAGGCGAGCCGGAUGCGUACAUCAAUGGAACGACAAACGAUGACCUAACUGACAUCUGGGUUCUUAGAGACGAUUCUAGUCCAACAUGCAUCACAGCUGAUGAUGAUGCACAUAAAUGUCAUUCCGGGGGUUUACUGGAACACGAAACUGUCCUGGAUGAACCGCAAGAUCACUAUGAUUUAAUUAACGACUCCGACAUCGAGGAAUCAGAAACCGACCUCAAGCGAAUUGAAUCAGCCCGACCAGAUAGGGAUCAUCUAAGACCAUAUUAUAAGCUGCCUGAACGUCGACAUAACUAUGAACAGAUGGUCAAGAUUUUCCAACCUCUCAUUGUCACAAAUGUAAUUGUCAGACGUUUGUUACCCCAUUUGCCAUUUUUAUCUGAUCCAGGAAGAAUUCGCACAGUAGAGGAACGAGAUCCGCGUGCAGCAGUAAUCUACCUUAUUGAUGAAUUAUGUUCAAACGGAAAUACAGAGCCUGGUCGCUGGAAACAGUUCAUCCAGGCACUCGAAAGGUGUGGAUACAAAUACAUCGUAGAAACUUUAAGAGGGCAAGAACCGGUAGAUCACACCUACCAAAGAGAAUACUUAAAAAUAAUCACACCAGUUCUUCGAGAACUUAUUAACCCUUCCGAGCUACUGACCAUCCUCUGGGCGUGUGAUGUUAUAUCCAAUGAAGAUAAAGAAGAAAUCGGACAAAUAGAACGAAACUGGGGAGCCCUAGCGGCGGCAGACAAACUACUCGACUUGGUACCUAGACGACACAGGUUUUGGUAUGCUCAUCUGGUUGAUGCUCUGAAAACAGCUGGUAGAACGGAUGCAGCUGAAAUUUUAGCAAUACCUGAAAUUCUGAACUGCAAAGAAGAAAAAGAAGAAUCCAAAAUACAAACUGCUUGCAAAGUUGAAGGCAACAUAAAUGGUCUGUCGUUAGAAAUGCCUGACAGGGAAUACUUGGAAAUGGAUGAAAGCAUGAAAGGUACCGUACCUGACAACUGUGAAUACUUAAACUGCGAUGAACUUUAUUCAGAAGGUGAAAGUGAACAGUUGGACGCUCUUUAUCUUCAUAUGCGUCUUCCAAACAAUCAUUUUGAAAGCAUAUCUUGCAACUCUGAAAGGAUAUCUAGACAUACAACACAAGUUAAUCAAACAGAGCAACGGGAUGAGGAAAUUGUUUUUGGUGAACUAUAUAGUUCAUCCGAUAUCGUAAACAAAUUUCCGUCAGGAAGUUUGUUGGAAAAUGGUCAGAAGGAGUAUCUAACGUAUAUUUCAACCGAAAAUCUGGCAAGUUUUGCCAAUCAAAAUAAAGAUUCGGGCACAGGUGUAAGCAAGACGAAUAAUCGGUCUGACAUAUACAAGUAUGAGCCUCCGCUACCAGCGUCAACGGCACCAGGGACCCCAGGACAGCAGAAUGUUCAAGAUAACUUUCGUAUGGAUUAUGAAAUAGAUAACAACAGUAGUAUAGCAGAUGACAUAAGUGAGACGAGCAGUGUUGAAGUUGUGAAAUUACCAGUUCCUGAACGUAAAAAAUGCCAUUUCCCAGAACACACGGCAACUUCUUCUGAAAAAGUCAAAGUACUAAAUAAACCACCGAUACCGACUCCCCGAAAAAGAAGAAGUCUAAGGGAAGCCACUGUUCCAGCGAAUCAAACCUUUGUAGAUGUUCAGUCCUUUAGUGCGGGAGAAAAGGAAGCUGAUGUUCGUGUAACUACUCCAACUUUGGUUGAAAUUGAAGAAGAUAAGAAAACAAGUUCUGAAGAUGGAGAAGAAACACAUAUCAAGAAAAUAAUAGGUGAUCUUGGAGAUACACCAAUAUUGGUGGAGGAGGAAAUUGAGUCCACCACAUUUGCAGGACCUAAACAGCCAGCUCGUGCUAAAGUAAAAGCAUCUAUUUUUAAAAGAAGGAAAAAGUGGAGAAAAUUUCAGCGUUCUAAACUCACUAGCAGACGAAAGUCUUUGCAUAUACCCGCUAUGCUAUUCCAGCAGAGCCAAACUGAUGCCUGGAUGCUGGAUAAAGGAAAACAAGGAAAGGCUCUGCUGAAUCGUGAACGGAUGGUGACCCCUAGAAAAGGCAGAAACCAUGUAGAGGAGGUGGAUGAAGAUUUCAAAAGUAAAAGCUUACCCACAAACCUUGGAAAAGUCUUGCAAAUCGAAGACAACACAAGUGCUUUAAAAGAAACAACAGGAAAUGGCGAAAACAAAGGAGAAACCUGUGAUACCCAGUUGUACUACUCAGAACCGUUUAGAUGUCAUAGGGGGAAAGAAGAUGAAGAUAUUUUCACUACUGUUGGACAAAUUCGUCCAACUAAGUCACGACAUUCCGGAAAUAUAUCAACACUCCAGCCUUCAUUUACGAUAAAACAAAGACGAAAGUCGGAAACAGAUGAACUUUUAGAAAUACUAGAAUCUUGUAGUAUUAAAAGUAACGAGGAUGCUUGCAAUCUGAAGAGUAAUGCAGAAAUCAAAACAAUUUCAAAAGAAAACUUAGAUCCAAAGCUUAGAAAAAAUUUAGAAAAGGUAAGAGACUUGGAAUGUAAACUGAACCAUUUGGUGCAUGACGGGAAAGUUUUGGAAUGGAGACUACAGUUACAAGAAGAUGUGAAUGAAAUUCUAAAGCGUAAUAGACAAAUAGCAAGCAAACUUGGGGUCAAAGAGAAGGAAGCAAAGGCACUCGAAGCAGCUAUAUCUGGCGACAUGAUGGAUCCUGAGGAAUUUGUUCCUGCGUGCAACCUGGAAAUAUGUACAAGCGGUAGCUUAUCAGAGAGCGAAAACAGAACUUUGAAAACUGAAAAUAUCCCGAAAGACAGGGAUGGUUUGACAGAAGAUUCAACAGCAGUUUACAUAGCAAGGAAAGAACUUCAGCUAGAAAAUAUUGACAAAGAUUCUGCAUUCUACUCCAAAUUUACAACGAAGCUAUAAUCUACGGAAGCGUCAUUGGGCCGCUUGUGUAAAAUAAUCAAAGUACUGAUAGCACAAUACUGAUUGAAGGUGAUUUAUGUUAGUACGAGUGUGAAAGGAAUCUAUUCCAAAAAUGGCACAAGCGCUAACAGCGCCUUGAUAGUUAGAAACCCAAUACAUAUAGGAUUUGAACGGCUAACCAUAUCAUCAAUAUGAUAGGCCUACUGCGAUUUAGUGAUAUAUACAGUUAUGCAUUCAAACCCACUGUAUAGUAAAAAGAUAUUAGGUAAAGACAUGCAGCCGAUAGUUAUUCAUAGUAAAUUACUGCGCCAUUGGUAAAUACUAGUAUUCAAAGUAUGUUGAACUUUUUUUACUGGUCUUGAAAGUUUGUGAUCAAGUCCGCGGCUGCCUCAAAGAUGGUGAUAGAAUAGGACAAAUAUAACGAUAAUGACGUCUGAGAUGGUAAAUUAUUCCACAUUCUAAUAGGUUUGCCUCCGUUAAAACACACAUACGCUAGAAUAACGUCACGUUAACGUACGGUAACGUCAAAGUUUUUGUUGCGACCAGAACAGAGCGCUACUUUUUGUAUUGCUGUUUUAGAUUAAAGGCAUAAUAGAAUUGAAAUAAUUGAUAGCAAUCUCGGGCGGUAAUACGUCGUACAAAUAAUUUCACGUGAAAUUAUUACGCCCGACUUACGACCGCCCAUCGUGCAUAAAUAGUGUUAAAGCACUCUUUUGCUAUAAAUUAUUUCUUAAUUGAACUACAUUGUAUAGCGGAUAGAUACGAAAUAGUUGUGAGACAGUCAAUUCUGCGCGGUUACACAGAGAAGAAAAUGGACUUAGUACAACCAUUGGGGUACAGAACAAACUAGUUACUGAAAUAUAGGUUAAUCAUUGUCACAUAGUUCUUUCUCAACAUUUCCACUUUUCCAGGUCAAAAUAUGAAUCUAUCAGUUACCAGUUGAAUAAAUAUAGGUUGCUACCUGGCUUUAUCUCGUCAUUUACCGUUCAAAAUGUAUAAGCAAGUGUUUUUGUAUAAACUGCUUCGUCUUUUUACAAAAACCUAUGUGUAUAUAUACUUGAUAUACUUUUAUUUCGACAUUUAUAAGUUAAAAAGUAGAAAAGCACUAUCAGAUAGUAUUAUCCUAUCACUUACUCGGUUUUUAAAUGUCGGAUGCACAUGUUAUGUUUUCAUAGAGUUAUUAACUGCAUACAGAAAGAAGGAUCGAUAUUUCAUGUUUGUUUUGUUUUUUGAUUCAAGCAUUUGGUUAUAUGUUUGUAUUUGGAGCAGCUGAGACUAUCCUAACUAGUUGUCAUACAGUGUUUUUCAAUUCAAUUCACUCUGAAGGACAAACAUCAAUAAAUUAAAAAAAAUUAUAUUUAGUACAUUGCUUCCUGUCACUUUUUGGAGAUUGAAUGAUAUCACUUUUAGUUCUGUGUAACAUUUUUGCAUAUCCAUUAUUUCGCUAAACUAUUACAGUCGAACGUUUUCCAUUAUAUUAUUAUAAAGUGUUAUACAUAUAUUUUCCAUUAUAUUGUUAUAAAGUGUUAUACAUAUAUUUUCCAUUAUAUUGUUAUAAAGUGUUAUACAUAUUCUGUACACAAAUUUAUGUGUUGAUUAUUAACUCAGUAUUAGCAUAUAAUUAUAGAUGGUAUAAAAGUCAGAAAAUCAGAAUAGUUUCAUUUUUGUUUUGCCUCUUUGGCUUCAUAUAUUACAUUUGUACAUUUCAAUCUAUUGUCAAUCGGUCACAGUUCAGUUUGAAAGUUAUAAUUGCUCAGUUUACGUUCAUAUCUAUUGAUUUUUUUAUUUUGAUUUUUAUAUUGUAAUUAUUUUCCUAGCAAACUAUUUAUGCACUUUGUAAUAAAGAGUGGAAACUAGA